AUGACAGUUUACCUCAGCAAUUACGUUGGUGUCUGGGGCGAGGCUUCGGAUUCCGAACGCCUGCUCAAGCGCGUCAGUGAGCCCGUCAACCUCAUGAUCAAGUCGAUGUCAUCAACGGAGGCACUCAGCUGGCAUGCUGAUGACAUCUUCAAUCGGAGCGUCAAGAAGAGCUUUAAUUUCAUUGGUCAUCUGCCCGAGCACAUCUCGGAUGCAAUCGAUGGCGCCAAAGUGGCCUGCACGAUUAUGAGCAAAGAAGCCAAGCUGGCCAAUCAGGAGAUGGCCAGCAUCUUCCGUAACUUGUCGCAUGUGGAAAUGAUGCGAUUUUUGGAAAUGUUGGAGCUGCGUCCCAUUUCCAAAGACUCGCUUUAUUCUGAGGGUUCAAUCAAGAAAGCCGAAGAGAAGCAACGUCUGGAGGCAGACGAGGAAGCGACCGCAGGCCUCAAGCAGCAGGCCAAGGAUGAGGCGGAGGCCGAGGCCGGGGCAGAGGAGGCGAAGCAAUAA